GCAGAAACACCCCAGAUUCCGCCAGACAUCGCUUCCAAAUACUCCUCCCAAACCAAUAUUCUGAAUCACUUACCUCCUCAUCACAAUGUCCCCAACUUCUAGAGAUACUGCCUCCGCCGCAGAAGCCAAGAAUGGCACCUCCACACCCUUCGUGAACACCAUGCCCGACUCGACCUUCAGCUGGCAGAUCACCCUCGCGCAAAAGGUUAUUGCCAUCACGGGUGCCAACCGCGGCAUCGGCCUCGGCAUUGCCGAAGUGUGUCUAGCCAAUGCCGCCAAAUUCGUCUACUCAAUGGAUCUCAUGGAGCCCGGAGAAGAGACCAUUGCCCUUCAGACCCGCUACCCGAAUUUCCGAUAUAUCCAGACCGACGUGACCUCCGAGGAGAGCAUCGAGAAGGCCGUGAAUCAGAUCGUGGAGGAAACCGGACGGAUUGAUGGGCUGGUGGCUAAUGCGGGAAUGACCAAGCAUCAGCCGGCGCUGAAAUUUGAGCGCCCGGAAUUGGAGCGCAUGUUUAACCUUAAUGUUUUCGGCGCGUAUUUCUGCGCGCAGAUUGUCGCUCGGAAGUUUAUAGAGCUGGGGAUUAAGGGGUCUAUCGUUAUGACUGCUAGUAUGACUUCUUAUCGUCCGAAUCGCGCUGCCCCAUCUGCACCUUAUGGCGCUACUAAAGCCGCAGUGCGCAACAUGUGUCACACCUUGGCGAUGGAAUGGAGCAAACACGGCAUCCGCGUGAACAGCAUUUCCCCGGGUUUUGUUCGCACCGCCAUGACCUACUACGUGGAGACUGCCCCCGACUGGGAUACAAAGAUGGAAUACUACGGGGGAAUGCCUCGGCUGGCCGACCCUCGCGAGUUGGGAGGUGCUUACGUGUAUCUGCUCAGCGAUAGCAGCUCGUACACCACCGGCGUCGACAUUCCUAUUGCAGGUAUCGUCGGUGCUUGGUAGUGUGCAUAAGGCAGAUCAGGCUUGGUGUGGACUUUCAAGCAUCGCAGUCAGCUGGCGUUUGAUGGAACCAUAUGUACAUACACGACCCUUCCUAUUGACAUGAUAGACAACGACCCU